GUUAAUGACAUAAAAUUUUGUGGAUAUAUGGAGUAUACAUACUUGGGAUAGUGGUGUGGGCCAGGAGGCACAACAAACAAUCAUGUAUGCUUCUCGUUAUAUUCCACAAUAACAAUCACAGUCUCAAUCCAAUUCUCCUCAGUUUCAUUUGGGGUUCUUCCUAAAUCUCCAUACAACAAAUCUCUAGUCCUUAAUCCUGUAUGUGAAGUAGUAAUUAUAAAGAAUGGAGACACCUAGUAGAGGAACAGAAGCAGCACCCAUCCCAUUUUCAGAUAAUGUUCCUCCUCCUGCUUCUCCUAGGACAUCACAGGCUGAUUUACAGAGAAGGGAAUCCUCGAAUAUGGUUUCCGGCUUGGGCCCAAACAUGAAACGAGCAGAUCUUUCCCUCCAAAUACCUCCAAGACAUGCAGGUUUUGGAAGUGGCAGAAAGUAUUCACCCCGUUCACCAGGUCCAACAGGAGGUUUUCUUCGGGCUUUAAGCUUUAAAAAGAAAGCUGCUUCAUCUGAUGGUGAGAGAAGUUCUCUCCUCAGUUCAGAUCGUAAGGUAGUUCCAGGAAGCCCUCUUCCAGUAAACUUCUUCUCCUCCAAUUGGCAAAAAUGUACCUCUCUACCUGUUACCCCUGCUUCAAAUACAUCUCCAUCAGUUUCCACGCCUAUUUCUGCGAGGACACAUGGUGAACAACAAAGGUCACAUUCGUCGCGGAUUGGGGCAUCUCAAGCUAGUAUUUCAAGGUCGCUUUCUGUGCCUGGGAGAAAUUUUGUCAUUGUUAGAUCGAUGUCCUUUGCUACCCAUGAAAAGCAUGUUCCAGAUACUGGAGAUGAAAUUACUCCUGCUCCUGAGAAUGAGGAUCGUGAAAUCCCUGAAGAGGAAGCAGUUUGUAGGAUCUGUCUGGAGGCAUGUGAUGAAGGCAGUACUUUCCAGAUGGAGUGCAGCUGCAAAGGUGACCUUAGACUUGUUCACGAGGAAUGUGCAAUCAAGUGGUUUAGCAUGAAAGGGAACAAAAUUUGUGAUGUUUGUCGACAGGAAGUUUCUAAUUUACCUGUGACUUUGUUGCGAAUCCCUAGUACUAAUCAACAAGAUAACAGACCGGAGCACAACAAUUCUCGAAGAAUAAGUGCUUGGCAGGACUUUGUGGUGCUUGUUUUGAUCAGCACAGUGUGCUAUUUCUUCUUCCUUGAACAGUUAUUGGUUCAUGACAUGAAAACUCAGGCUCUUGUGAUUGCUGCUCCAUUUGCAUUUACACUCGGUCUUUUGGCAUCUAUUUUUGCUGUCAUCCUAGCUAUUAAAGAGUACAUAUGGACGUAUGCCGCUUUAGAGUUUGCCCUUGUUGCUAUUACUCUACAUGUUUUCUACUCUAUGCUUCAAUUGCAGGCAGUCUAUUCAAUAAUGAUAGCUUCAGUUUUGGGUUUUGGUGCUUCUAUGAGUCUCAACGCAAUGUACAUCUGGUACUACUCUUGGCGAGUCCAAAUUUCCGAAAAUUCUAACCCUGCAUGACAUGAGUAUAACAGAGAAAUGAUGAAGCUUGUAUAGGAGAUGGUGAAUGUUAAACCCCGACCCCACAACCCGCAUAGAUUUAUUUUCCUUGUACUAUUUUGUCUUAUUUCUUUUCCUCGUGAUCUUAUGCGAUGACGUGGUUGAUACCUCAAACAGUCUGGCAGUCAAAUGUGUAUACCAACAUAGUUACAGUAGCUAUUGUUGUCUUCUUUCUAUGUCCGGUGAUAGGGAAAAUAGUAGUUCAUGUAAGUCUGGGACAUGGCCAUUACCAAAUUCUGAUGCAUUGGUUUUGUGCCGAGAUGUUGAUUUCCGUUAUUGUCUUAGUAGGUUUUAAUCUGUUUUUAUUUCCA